AUGAACAAGGUCCUUCAGUUAGGUCUCCAGAGCUCCGUUGUCCAAGCCGCCAAGUUUCUGGUGGUUCCCUUUAGGAGGUUAAGAUUUGGCUCAGCAAUCGUUAGUGUUAGAGUAGGAGCAACGAGUUUCAACAAGAGACUUAUGUCAAAUGCUACAGCUAAGUCUCUACCUUUAUCUAUCAACAACAGCAAGGUAAAGGAAGUGAAGUUAGUAGCAGCAGCAGCAGCUACUGAUCAGAAUUGUCAUCAGAUGGGAAGUGAUAGUGAUAGAGAUGAAACGGGAAUUGUUCAGGAUGAUCAAAAGCAAAUUGAAGCGAUGACGGUUCAAGAACUUAAAGCCACAUUGAGGAAGCUUGGACUACCUGUUAAGGGACUCAAAAAAGAACUUAUCUCAACUUUACGGCUUCACAUAGACAGCAGUUUACCAGAUGAAAGUUCUGGUGCAGACAUAAAAGAGACUAUUUCAUCUACCCGCUCAGAAAGUGUUACUAUCAAAAGAAAAAUCAGAAACCGGGAAGAGUCUAGAGAAGCUUAUGGCAGUGACCAUGAAGAGAAGAGAGCUAAACAGACCACUGAGAACAAGAACUUGAAAGUUAAAGUUUCUUCAAAAGAGGAAGAAGCAUCAUUGAUCAUUUCUAGCCAAGUCCUUAAAACCGAUGAAGUCAUCUCAUCCUUGAAUCAAAGUGAGCCAUGGACGGUACUUGCCCACAAGAAGCCUGAGAAAGACUGGAAAGCUUAUAACCCAAAGACAAUGAGACCUCCUUCUCUACCAGAAGGUACCAAAUCUGUGAAGAUUAUGACUUGGAAUGUUAAUGGAUUGAGAGCAUUGUUGAAGUUAAAGAGCUUCUCUGCUCUUCAGCUUGCCCAAAGAGAAGAUUUUGAUGUGUUGUGCUUGCAGGAGACUAAAAUCCAGGUGAAGGAUGUUGAGGAAAUCAAGAAAGCUCUUAUUAAUGGCUAUGAUCAUAGUUUCUGGUCCUGCAGCGUCUCAAAACUUGGUUACUCUGGAACUGUUAUUAUUUCAAGGAUAAAACCACUCUCGGUUAGAUAUGGAACUGGUCUAUCUGGAUCAGAUCAUGACAUGGAAGGACGCAUUGUGACUGCUGAGUUCGACUCAUUCUACUUGAUAAACACUUAUGUUCCUAACUCUGGAGAUGGCUUGAAAAGACUGUCAUACAGGAUUGAAGAAUGGGAUCGAACCCUCAGCAAUUACAUCAAAGAGCUGGAGAAGACUAAACCUGUAGUCUUGACUGGUGAUUUAAACUGUGCUCAUGAAGAAAUCGACAUCUACAAUCCCGCGGGGAACAAGAGAAGUGCUGGUUUCACAAUAGAAGAAAGAGAAUCAUUUGGAGAGAACUUCUUGGAGAAGGGCUUUGUAGAUACUUUUAGAAAGCAGCAUCCUGGUGUUGUAGGUUAUACUUAUUGGGGUUAUCGUAGUGGUGCUCGCAAAACCAACAGAGGAUGGAGACUGGACUACUUCUUGGUAUCUGAAUCGAUUGCAGACAAUGUCCAUGAUUCUUACAUUCUCCCUGAUAUCAAUGGCAGUGAUCAUUGCCCCAUUGGUCUUAUUCUCAAGCUCUGAUCUAUUUAAAAGCUUCACGUUCCAUGUUUUUAAGGUGUUUUGGCUAUAGUUCUAAAUGUCUUUCAGGGAGAGAGAGAUUCACGAGAUUUACUUAUGUGAAAUUUGGAUUUGUUUAUCUUUCAGUAUAGAUAUUACCUCAAACAGAACAAUCAGUUCCUUGUAUUGGCUUAUCUAUCCUUGAGUUACUUGGAUUGCGCUUCUUGUUCACUGAUUCUGCACACACCAAACCACCAUAUCAUCGCAGUAGCCUCCUCUCUCCUUCUCUUCCUCUCAACAUCUUUAAAACUCUGUCUAAGCCAUUAGUUAAAUCAUAUGCGUGUAAUCAUAAUACGGGCAGCUCAAAAUAGUUUAUACGAUCAUUUCCAC